GUAAAUCCUUCCUUAUUUUCAAGAGCGUUUAUCUGCUUGACCUGCCGGACUUUCGCCAGUUUUUUGCUUUGAAGAGGCUGACAGAAACGUCCAAGACAAAUGGCCAACUCUGCAGAAGAUGCUGCCCUGGACAGAGGGAGUCUGACCGGCAGUGAGGAUGCCCUUAUUCUCCCCGGAAGACCCUCAGGGGGCUCCAACAGUCGUGCCUUGAAGGUGGCAGGCCUGACAACCCUGGCAUGUCUGCUCCUCGCCAGCCAGGUCUUCACUGCCUACAUGGUGUUUGGCCAGAAGGAUCAGAUCCACACGCUGCAGAAGAACACAGAGAGAAUGAGCAAACAGCUCACCCGCUCGUCCCAUGCCGUGGCUCCAAUGAAGAUGCACAUGCCCAUGAACAGCCUUCCUCUGCUGAUGGACUUCACUUCAGAUGAGGACUCCAAGACACCCUUGACUAAACUGCAGGAAACUGCUGUUGUCAGUGUGGAGAAACAGCUGAAGGAUCUCAUGCAGGACACCCAGCUGCCGCAGUUCAACGAGACCUUCCUGACCAACCUGCAGGGCCUGAAGCAGCAGAUGAAUGAGAGCGAGUGGAAGAGCUUUGAGUCCUGGAUGCGUUACUGGCUGAUCUUCCAGAUGGCCCAGCAGAAGCCUGUACCCCCAACAGCUGAUCCAGCCUCUGAGAUCAAGACCAAGUGCCAGAUGGAGUCAGCGCCUGGACUCAGCAAGAUCGGUUCCUACAAGCCCCAGUGUGACGAGCAGGGCCGCUACAAGCCCAUGCAGUGCUGGCACGCCACCGGUUACUGCUGGUGUGUGGACGAGCAGGGCACAGUCGUCGAGGGCACCACCAUGCGCGGCCGCCCUGACUGUCAGAGGAAGACAGCCUUUGCACCUCGCCGCAUGGCGUUUGCACCCAGGCUGAUGCAGAAGACCAUCAGCGUUGAUGAUGAGUGAAAGAAAUGAAGCAGUGUUGGCUGUUUCUUUUCAUCAGGCAAUCUUCACAGACUUUGAGCAAAUCACUCAAUUUAUAGAUGAUGCUGAACUGCGUGCAGUAACUGUUUUAAUUCCAGAUCAGUUAUUCUUCCAUGUAAUCUCUUGAUUUUUACCAUUUUGCUGGCUGCUUGAAAUCAAAUCAGUAGAGGUCUGUUACAGGUUAUUGCUUUUAAUGUUAUAAAUUUGUGUGUUUUAUAACUAAUUUGGGGGUGUUCUCAUUGACAUUUUAAUCUAGAUCAGAUAAUCUAGAGUAUAUUAAAGUAUGUGUGUUCAACAUGUCUCCAAAGAAUGAUUAAAGGGUCAGUUCACCCAAAUUACAUCUCAUAUAUUUUCUCCCUUGCCGCUACUAGUAUCUAGACAGGUAGGUAGUUUCUGAGGUGUCUGCUUCCACCCUCCACAGUCACGGUGAAUGGAAGUUUUUUUUAAGGGACAUACAGCAUUGAAAAAUUACAUUUAAAAAUGUAAACAGCCACUCCUCUUUCCACAAACAAUGUUUCCUGUUACUCUGAAUAAUCCACAGACCUCACAGCUAACAGUUUUCAUAAGGAUUGUUUGUUAGGUAGAAAGUAGUUCCAAUAAAAACUGUUCCCGUCCAUCUGCAUGGCUAGAUAUAUGAGAGUUUAGUCAGAAAACGUGUUCGGUUUUUUGUAAUUUGGGUGAACCGACCCUCUGAUGGACGCAUGUAUGAGUUUCCAUGAGGGUGUUUGUGUUAAGAAGGCUAAAUAAAGUUUUCCUAACAUCA